AUGAACAAGUUCUGUAGAGGAGAGAGAGCUUCAGAAGAACGAGUGGAAACAAUCUCUAAAUUUUGUAGCUUUCCAUCUGCAGACAAGGCAUCUGAGAGAAAAGUUAUGACUGAACAGCAGAAGAUCACAUUGAAGGCUGAAGACAGAAGAUAUACUGUGGAUGAGCCCGAGAGAGAAAUAGCUGCUUUUCCGUAUUCCUUCCUAAGAGAGACAUCAUUGUAUUCUCAGCAGUCUUCAGCAAGGAGGACUAUUGAGGCUGAAGAAGAGGAGCUUUUAUAUUUAGCUUUCAUUGAAGAUGUAACAAAUGAAAUUCUUAGCCUUGGGCUGUUUUCUGACAGAGUUCUGGAACAACUGUUUGAGUGUCAUGUACAAGAAAAUAAGAACCGUUUGGAUGAGAGCAAAAUGCGCCACUUGUUGGAUGUACUGAAAGCAGACCUCGGCUGCAGCCUGGGCAGCGGUGCGGAACAAAUCCACACAGGCAGGGAAGCCUUUGACUCGCUGGAUCUGCAAGAGUUUGAUACAAUGGAAGAGCUCAAGUUUACCAGGAAAAGUCAGAGGCAAAGAAAAGCAACAAAAAGUGAAGAAUUCUUUGGGACCGUGGGCUUACCAUUAAAGGAACCAAACAAAUAUGAAUCACCAGUGUUCAGGGAAAGUUCAAAGGAGACACAGAGCAAGGAUGACUUUUCAGAAGGUGUCGCUGACAUGAUGGAUGCUAGGACAGAGUCUGAUUCUUCUGUGAAAUCUGAAGAAGACUCAGAUGACACUUCACCCUCACGUGAGGCAACUUUAAACUUGGUUACUUGUGACAGUGAUUUGGAAGCCAACAAGGAACUUGAUGAUCUUGAGGAAAGCUUUGCAGAGGCCCUUCAGAUCACAUGA